UACUGUAACGGACGCAAGAUGGAUGAACCACUGUCGACUCGGCGCGGGCCGGAUCUGUAUAUCCCUCAUUGUCAACGACGAUAAACCACACUCCCACGGUUUCCAGCGAUUGCCGGACCUUGCCCACAACCACUUUCGCCAUCCGCUUUACUCUACCGUGACUUGGGAUUCGGAUACCCUCGUGAUAAUUAAACAUUUCGGGCAUUUUCUGGUUACAAAAUCUCAUGCCUGUUAACCCAACUUCAAUUCAUUGUCGAGCCGAGUUUUCACACGGCAUAUCAGCGGUGGCGGGAUCAACGUCUGAUAAUCUGCCUAACGGAACGUCCAUUCUCCUGCCCACAGGCUAGAGCUCUUUAUAACUCUAACACUUGUUCUUGAAACCGCUUUAACUCCUUUUCGCCCAUCGACGAUCUUAUAGUAGUCCUCUGGAACUGCUGUUUCGACGUGAUAAAUGGCUCCAGUUUUGAUGUUGACGCGGAAACGCGCGUUAGGGAUCGCGGCGGGAACGAUCGUAUUAGGUACAGGAUGGCAACUCUAUUCCGUGAAUAAGCCUGCGUUUCCUCCUCCUCCACCUGGUGGCAGACCACCACCUCCCUGGACUCCACCUUCCAGGCAGCAAAUGCUGAGUAGUUUGAGAGCGAAUGUACCGGUAAGGGCAUUGGAGGAGGACGUAGAAUUAAAAGGGGACGAGGAGUUUGAUUUGCUAAUUGUUGGUGGAGGAGCUACAGGCUCCGGAGUUGCCGUUGAUGCUGCUUCGAGAGGUCUUAAGGUUGCACUUGUCGAGAGGGAUGAUUUUAGUUCUGGUACAUCAUCAAAAUCCACCAAGCUUGUCCAUGGCGGUGUUCGAUAUCUUCAAAAAGCUGUUCUCGAACUCGACUAUGAGCAAUACAAACUCGUCAGAGAAGCAUUGCAUGAACGCCGAAUCUUCCUCCAGACAGCACCGUAUCUUUCCCAUAUGCUUCCUAUCAUGCUGCCGCUGUAUAAAUGGUGGCAAUUACCCUAUUAUUGGGCUGGGUGUAAAGCAUAUGAUUUCUUGGCUGGCGGUGAGAAUAUGGAGUCUAGCUAUGUCAUGACAAAAGGAAAGGCUCUCGAAGCGUUUCCUAUGCUCAAGAGUGAAGGUUUGGUUGGUGCGCUGGUUUAUUAUGACGGUCAACACAAUGACGCGCGAAUGAACGUGUCAUUAAUCAUGACGGCGGUCCAACAUGAUGCCACAGUCAUUAAUCACGUCGAAGCGACCGAAUUAUACAAGAAUGAAGCAACUGGCAAGCUGAAUGGCGCACGCGUUCGAGACCGUUUAACAGGUGAAGAGAUCAACGUUCGGGCAAAGGGAAUCAUCAACGCCACUGGUCCCUUCAGUGACUCGCUUCUCCAAAUGGAUGCAGCCAUCUCCGGCCUGGCUCCACCCAAGCCUAUUGUCGCCCCUUCUUCCGGCGUACACGUCACUUUACCGAAUUACUAUUCCCCUCGUAAGAUGGGUCUUCUCGACCCUGCCACAAGUGAUGGGCGGGUAAUCUUCUUCUUACCAUGGCAAGGAAACACCAUUGCCGGUACGACCGAUACUCCCACGAGCGUGACGGAUAUGCCCAUACCACGCGAGGAAGAAAUUGAAUGGAUCUUGGAAGAAAUUAAACGAUACUUGUCACCCGAUAUUCGAGUUCGAAGAGGGGAUGUUCUUUCAGCGUGGAGUGGUUUACGACCUCUUAUACGGGAUCCUAAUUCAUCGAACAGCAAGGACCUCGUGCGGAACCAUUUGAUCACAGUCUCGGGAUCUGGGUUGAUCACCAUUGCUGGUGGGAAGUGGACAACAUACAGGGCCAUGGCGCAAGAGACUGUCGAUAAAGCGGCGGAAGUGUUUGGCUUUGAUGUUGGAUCGAGUAUUACGGAGCGGGUAAGGCUUGUUGGAAGCGAAAAUUGGAGUAAGAACAUGUUUAUUGGGUUGGUUCAACGGUAUGGUCUGGAAACGGAGGUGGCUAAGCAUCUCUCUGAUAAUUAUGGAGACCGUGCCUGGGCUGUAGCUUCUAUGGCGGAGUCAGCAGGUCGUAGAUGGCCUCUGCAUGGUAUCAGACUAAAUCCCAACUAUCCCUACAUCGAGGCUGAGAUUUAUUAUGCUGUUCGGAAUGAAUAUGCUCAAACAGCAGUCGACUUCAUCGGACGUCGGUCACGGCUAGCUUUCCUCAAUGCAGCAGCAGCGCUUGACGCCCUUCCUCGUGUGAUUGAUAUUAUGGGGAAUGAGCUUGGAUGGAAUGCGAAUAGAAGGAAGAAGGAAUGGGUUGAUGCGAGGGAGUAUCUCGUCACUAUGGGAUUGCCACCCCCUUCUCCGGGGGAGAUUGAGAAGGCAGAUUUGGAUGUGAGAGGCAGAGGAUGGUAUGAUCUCACGCUUGGAGGGACACGAGGCGGCGGGGGGUUCCUCGGCAGGUUUACACGACUUGGAAGUGGAAUCGGAGAAGCGGAUCAUUCGUCUUUGUUGCAUUCGAGAGCACACUUCUCGCUGGAUGAAUUGGAGGCGUUGCGUCUAGCUUGGGUUGCUCGUGGUGGUGACGAGGAAAAAGGAGCUGGGAUCCGACCUACCGACGUCGUUGAGAUUUCCCGCGGGGAGGCCAAGUUUAUUGCUCCGAGCGGGAAGGCUGUUGAGUUGAAAGACGUGGUCAGUGCAAUGGUUAGCGCGGGGAUUGAAAAGGCGAAGAACUCACUGAGCUUCGAUGAGUUCGUGGAUACUGCAGCAAGCAUGAAAGACACGCUCACUGCCAAGCGCAAAGGAGUCAAACUCUCUGCACGAGAUGCGGAGCGGAGAGUCAUCCCCGUCGAGAAGAGUGGAGGAGGCCUUUAAAAUGAACUGUCCAGCAUUCCUCUUUUGCCACAUGCGCACUCUGCUCAUUUUCAUCCAUUUUGAGCUGGAGCUUGAGGCACAAUUUUGCCCAUUCGUCUUCGUUCUGCUUGCUAUUGACGGACCCAAAGGACCACAUUCACCCCAAGGAUGGAAUGUUGUAUCGUAGUUCUGUACAUAUGUGGAUUAUGCAUCUAACAGUGCUCUAAUUGCCUAUGUAGUAACGGCAUCUUUUGGC